AUGGCGCAGAUUCCAACUCCGCCUGCUUCCCGCCAGAGCUCUGAAGCUCCUCUGGAUGCCCAGCAGAAGCCUCUACUGGCCAAUCCCUCCGCGAAAUCGCUGCUCCCGCUGGACUCUCUUCUUGAGCAAUACCUCUAUCUUCUUGAUCGCCAUCAGGAAUUGCUGACGGGGUUAGGGAAGCGUUUUUCAUCUGGGUUUUUUUCUCUCGCCCAUGCCAACUACACUUGCCCUCCCGGCCGACGAUAUGGCGCCGAUUACUACGAUGAACGUAUGAAAGCAAACCGAAAGAUAUCAGUCCAACCUUUGCGGUCUGAGGGUCAUCACCUCACUGAAGCUGAAGGCGGAUCGGAGGGGAGCUUUUCCUUCAGAAUCGAGUGUACAUCAUGCAGACCAUCCGAGGAACGGGCUGCCGGUGAGAGUAUGGAAUCCAGGUCGAGUCAGAAGGACUCGAAGCGAGACCAAGAGACUGCUUCAGAAGAAGAGACAACCACAACCAAAGACGCGCCCUCUCAGGCCGACAAACACUCUGAAAUAGGAUCCGCCGCGCGUCCGACGUCCGAGUCUUCUAAGAGGCGGUUUCGCUCUUCCGACCCGAUCAGCUGGUACGGUAUUCUCGUUCCUCAAUCUUUGCGCGGGGCGCAAACGUCCUUUACGGAGGCCGUAGAGGGUAUCUUGCCAGAGCUGGCGGGUGUAAUAGUUGAGAUGCGCAAUGUCGAGAAUAAGAUCGACCGACUACGAGGUGAAUUGCGAGAGAGUGAGAUACGUAAUUCCUAA